CUAUUUUAAAACAUCACCGAGUUAGCCAAACAGCGGUGUGACCUGACGAACACUUGUUUUCAAAAUGACGAAAUUCAACUAAUUUUGUGAGGAUUUGUGUAAAUAACAGUGGAAUAACCGAGGUGGAGGAAAUCUGUAAAGAUGCCAGCUGGUGUGUCUUGGCCUCAGUACCUGAGGAUGUUCAGUGCUAGCAUGCUGGCCAUGUUUGCAGGAGCACAGUUCGUCCACCAGUACUACUUACCCGAUCUGAGCAUACCAGAGACCCCACCAAGGCCUGGGGAGCUUCAGACAGAACUGCUGGGCUACAAACUCAGAGAAGAAGCUGCUGCUACCUUACAGCAGCUUGCUGCCAACCAAAAAGCGGACUGAUGUUAAAUUAUACAUCCUCUGUGUGGUGGACUCUCAGUGAAGCAGACUGAAGUAGCUCAGUUUUGUCAGUAGCUCGAGGCAAAAUUGUGCCUGGAUGUUGAAGCACUUUCUUUGUCAUCAGAAACUGAUACCUUCUAUGUUUGGUGUUUUCUUUUACUGGAACAAACAAGAGUGGAAUCAAAUGCUACACCUCUGUUGUCUGGUUGCUGCAAUAAGGAUGUUGUUUGAAACGUAUCCAAUUUUUUUUUUCAUAUAUCCACUUGUAUUCAUUUGCUGUCAAGUGUUAUUUUGACCAAGAAGACUAAAUAAAUGAGGUAAUUCUAAUCUUU